GUGCUCACUCGGCCUCGGAGUGCGCAGGCGCAGCGCACCGAGUGGACAUUUUGGUCUUUGUCCGCGGGUCAGUCCGGCCCCUGGGUCCACGUGGCGCGAAAAUAGGAGAUGGAAAUUCAUUCUGCAAAUGUACCUGAACUUACGUGAAGUUAUACAGGGUCGCUUCCUUGUGCAUUCCUGGAGACUGCACCUUCCUCAUCCUUCGGAAGGCCAGGAGGCCCCAGGGCUCAGCCUGAGUUCUAGGACAGAACUUUGGCUCCAGCAUUAACAUUCUAGUGCUGUGUCAUUUCCCCAAUAGCAGGUUAUAAGCUGGCCAAGCUGUAUGUGAUCUUCUGUUGAAGCAAGAAGACGAAAUCUGGAUGGUGGAGAAAGAAGUGUAAAGGAAAUUUGUCCAGAAGAAGCCUGAGAAGAUGAUGAGCAGAUAGAGAGGCAACAAGACUUGGGAGGCAAGUUGCAUCCAGCUCCAGUAAAGUACAGACUGAGGAAAAAAGCAGUGAAUAUAAGAAAAUUGGAAAAAUACUUCCUCUGAUCUCAAACCUUAUAUCUUUUAAGGCAACACCUUUUUCAACUUAACCUAGAAAGAGUUUGAAACACAAUUUAGACUUAGUUGUGUAGGAAAGAAUCAUCAAUUAGUUUGGAAAUCCUGCCACAGCUUACUCCUUGUGGUAAUAACCCCUUUUAGGUGUAAAUCAGUGUGGAAAUGCCUUCAUUUAAAAAAUUUUGAACCCCAUAUGAUAUCAGAGCAUUCAUACUGGAGAGAAAACCUAUGAAUUUACUGAAUGUGGUAAAACUUUCACUCACAUGUUGCACCUCAUAAAUGUAGAAGUCAGGCUGGAGAGAAACCCUGUGCUUCUAAGGAAUAUUGAAAAGCCUUUAGCUAGAUAACAAAUUUCAUUGAGUAGAAGAAAAUUCAUACUGGAGAGAAACCAGUGAAUGUAACAAAACUUCAUUUGAGUAUUAGAAAAUUUAGAGUUGAAGAGAAAGCUUUGAAGGUACUAAGUAUGAUAAAGUUUUCUCUUGAACCUUAUCUCUUACUCUGCAUUUGAAAGGUCAUACACAGAGAAGCCCUACAAAUGUAAGAAAUGUGGAAAUACCUUCAGCUAAAAGUAAAUUCUCAUUCAUCAAAAAAUUCAUACUGGAGAGAAAUCUUGUGAAUGUGGGAAAGCUUCCAUUCAGAUGUCACACCUCAGUCAGCAGAGAGUUUGUAGUGGGGAAAACCCCUUUGCCUGUAAGGUAUGUGGGAAAGUCUUCAGCCACAAAUCAACUCUCACUGAGCAUGAGCAUUUUCAUAAUAGAGAGAAACCUUUUGAAUGUAAUGAAUGUGGAAAAGCAUUCAGCCAAAAGCAGUAUGUUAUUAAACAUCAAAAUACCCAUACUGGAGAGAAGCUUUUUGAAUGUAAUGAAUGUGGAAAAUCCUUCAGCCAGAAGGAAAACCUUCUUACCCAUCAGAAAAUUCACACUGGAGAGAAACCUUUUGAGUGUAAGGAUUGUGGGAAAGCUUUCAUUCAGAAGUCGAACCUCAUCAGACACCAGAGAACUCACACAGGAGAGAAGCCCUUUGUAUGUAAGGAGUGUGGGAAAACCUUCAGUGGCAAGUCAAACCUUACAGAGCAUGAGAAAAUUCAUAUUGGAGAGAAACCCUUUAAGUGUAGUGAAUGUGGAACAGCUUUUGGUCAGAAGAAGUACCUCAUAAAACAUCAAAAUAUUCACACUGGAGAGAAACCCUAUGAAUGUAAUGAAUGUGGAAAAGCCUUCUCUCAGCGAACGUCACUUAUUGUACAUGUGAGAAUUCAUUCAGGUGAUAAGCCUUAUGAAUGCAAUGUAUGUGGAAAAGCCUUCUCUCAAAGUUCAUCUCUUACGGUGCAUGUGAGAAGCCAUACAGGUGAGAAACCCUAUGGUUGUAAUGAGUGUGGGAAAGCUUUCUCUCAAUUCUCAACCCUUGCUCUACAUUUGAGAAUACACACAGGUAAGAAGCCUUAUCAAUGUAGUGAAUGUGGGAAAGCUUUCAGCCAGAAAUCACACCAUAUUAGACACCAGAAAAUUCAUACUCAUUAAAAACCUGUGGAUAUCAUGAAAGGUGUUCAUCAGGAAUUUACAUCUCAUAACAUAUCAGAAAUAAUCAUUCUGAAGGAAAGCAUCACAAAUGAGAGAAACAAAAGCUAAAAACUUAAAGGACACCAGAGAAUUCAUCCUGAAGAGAAAGACAUUUGUAUGAUAAUAUUCAGUAAAAAAAAAAAAAAAAAAAAAAAAAAAAACAUACAGCAAAGCUAAUGCUGAAACUUCAGAUGCAUUUCCACUAAAAUUGGGAAUGGAAAAACAUGUUUAACAUUGCCAUCUGCAUGGAUCUGGAGCUCUUCACCAAUGUAAAAGAAAAAAAAGGUUGCAAGUAUUAGGAAGGAAGAGACUUUUAUGAUAUUGAUUUAGCAGAACAGAAGAGAUUCUGGAAACACCUAUGCAUUUAUUAGAAUUUAUAAUAUAGAAAUGGCAUCACGAGAUGAGAAUAUAAUGGGACUAUUUAAAAAAUGAUUUGAUUUGGAGGAAAUUUGUUCUCCAAGGGGAAAAAAAAAAA